CCGGGACGGGGAGCUCUGGUGUCCGACGGCGGUCGGCUCCGUGUUGCGGGAGGAACGUGAUGGAAGAGAUCAAAGAGGAGACCCAGCACGGCGAAAGCAGCCCGCACGGAGAGAACGAGACGCCAGAUAAAACUGAAGAAGAUGAGCCUUCAAAAAACGAAAAAUCAAGUUUGAAGGACAAACCUGUAGUAACUAAGAAGUCCAACAGAUUUCAUCCAUAUUCAAAAGACAAGACGGCAAAUGGCGACAAGAAGGCUUAUAACCGCAACCGAGUUUUUAUCAGCAACAUUCCAUAUGAUACAAAGUGGCAAGUGAUUAAAGACCUCAUGCGAGAGAAAGUUGGUGAUGUUAUAUACGUGGAACUCUUUAAGGAUGCUGAAGGAAAGUCAAGGGGUUGUGGUGUUGUAGAAUUCAAAACGGAAGACUUAGUUACAAAGGCUUUGGAUGUUAUGAACAAGUAUGAUCUUGGUGGAAGACCACUCACCAUAAAAGAGGAUACUGAUGGAGAACAUGCUCGCAGGGCUAUGCAGCGUGCAGGGGGUGGUUCGUACCCUGGUGGACCUGGGCUGGAUAUUAGUUCGCCAAUUGUUAAUUUGCCACCUAAUCUCGUCAACAAUCCAAAUAUACCUCCUGAAGUCCUCACUGCUCUGCAGGCUGGAAGACUUUUACCAACAGUAUUUGUUGCUAAUCUUGACUUCAAAGUGGGUUGGAAGAAAUUGAAAGAAGUAUUUUCUAUGGCCGGGACUGUAAAACGUGCAGAUAUCAAAGAAGACAAAGAUGGCAAGAGCCGUGGUAUAGGGACUGUGAUAUUCGAACAGCCGCUUGAAGCUGUUCAAGCUAUCUCUAUGUUUAAUGGACAGCUUUUGUUUGACAGACCAAUGCACGUGAAAAUGGAUGACAGAUCCGUUCCACAUGAUGACUUCCGUUCUGUUGACAAGACACCUCAAUUACCUCGUGGGCUUGGUGGUGUUGGAAUGGGACUUGGACCUGGAGGACAGCCUAUUGCUGCAAAUCAAAUGAAUAUGAACAGUGCAAUGGGCAGCAUGACAUCUGGAGGAGUUGGAAUAGAUGGACCAGCCUAUGGGGGAAUGAACAGAAUGGGUGGAGGAAUGAGUGGACCCACUGGUUUUAGCAGUGGAAUGGACGUAAUGAACAACAUGGGAGGCUUUGGUGGUGGUAAUAUGGGUCGACUGGCAGGUAUGGGCACAAUAGAAGACUUCAGAGGAAAUAUGGCCCCAGGACUGGGAAACAUGGGAGGGAUAGGUGGAAACAUGGGAGGAAUGGGCAGCAAUAUGAGUGCCAUUGGUGGAAUGAGCAACAGUGUAGCUGCAAUGGGAAGCAGUAUGGGAGAUAUAUAUCGUGCAGGAAUGGCAUCUACUGGUAUGGGAGGUAGUUUUGAUCGAGAAUUUGGAAGAAGUGACAUGGCUAUGAACCGUGGUUUUGGUGAUUCAUUUGGUGGAAUGGGUGGUGGAAUAGGUGGAGGUAUUGGAGGAACCAUGGGAGGUGGAAUGGGGACCACUGGUAUGGGCCCAAUGGCUUCUGCAUUAGGUGCUGGAAUGGCUGCUAUGAAUAGCAUGGCUGGAGGUAUGGCAAUGGGCAUGGAUCGUAUGGGUUCCAGUCUUGAUCGAAUGGGAACUGGAAUGGGAGUAGCGAUUGAUAGAAGCAUGGAUAUGGAUCGUGGAUUUGGAAGUAUGAACACUGGAACAAUGGGAAGUGGAUUAAGAGACCGUGGAAGUGGUUUUCGAGGCUGUCAGAUUUUUGCAAGAAAUCUUCCAUAUGAUCUAACAUGGCAGAAGCUAAAAGAAAAGUUCAGUCAAUGUGGUCACGUAAUGUUUGCUGAAAUAAAAAUGGAAAAUGGCAAGUCCAAGGGUUGUGGGACUGUGCGCUUUGAUUCUCCAGAAGUGGCAGAGAAAGCCUGCAGAAUGAUGAACGGCACAAAAAUCAACGGGAGAGAGAUAGAUGUGCGCAUGGAUCGUAAUGCGUGAAUGAAGACUAUGAUGUAUAGGAAGAUACAGCAUGUUGAUUAGCUUUAUUGUUUUGCUUUGUUUUGUACUGGAGUGAUUUCCAACGGCUUUAGUGGAAGCUUACCUGUUAUGUGAGCUAUAAUGUAAUUUUAAAGAUUGCCAACUUAAAUUGGAUAUUGACUUGUUUAUGUAAUUUCUGUUAUCAGACUGACUUUUUUUUAUAUAUAUUAUAUAUAUAUAGUAAUUUAGAUAAUACAUUGGUCACUUCUGUUUGAAUGGAUAAACUUUUUAAUAAAAUGUUGUCCAACUUUAAAUUUACUUGAAUUUUGUUUACAAUGUCAUUAUGACAAGACUUGUAAAAUCACCACUUGUAGAAAGGUGUGUAAAGCUUGUAUACAUUUCCCUCCCUCUAAGUGUGAAGAUCUGUUGGGGAAGCACCAGGUCUUACUCUUCAUAAUGUAACGGAAUUUGAUUUGUGUUAUUGGUCUGUGCUCUGCAGUAUAUUGAUUACUUUUAUUCCCCUAAAACCCUGAGGUUACAAUUUGGCGCUCCACAAACUGAACACCAGGGAUCGUUGUUUUGACAUUGUUGCAGUGUCAAAAUUUUUGUAUUUGAAUAACCUUGCUUAAGUUUGGCCAAAACCUUGUGAUGUCUUUGAAGUAUCAUUCAAUAGGAAUAUAGUCUUCUUGGACCUAAGUUCACUGAGAAUAUUUUAAUUCAAAAAGAUUUUCUACCUACUCAAUCUUGCAAAAUUGAAAUGCACAUUUGACUGUAGAUGAUGCAUGCCUUAACCUGCACUGACUGAACAAGGGGAUCCUGUGGAACUGCAUUUGAUUGAAUUUGGUGGGAAUAGCACAUUUUUAAUAAUGGCUUGUACAUCCUAAUGGUAGGUGUAGUGUAAUAGUUUACUGCUUAAGUAUGCAUAAAAAUAUUUGGAAAUCUUCAGUGGUUAAAGUAACACUGGUACUUGAUAAACUAAUUUUGCCCUGUUACUUGUUUGCUUCCAGGAAAGAUUGUGUGCUUUGAAUUUGUCACUUUGUCUCUAAAAUACAGUACAGAGCUUAGUGUUUCAUGGAAGAUGUAACCAGUAGUAAGGUUCCAAUUAUUAAGAUCCUGCAUUUUUAAAAGUAAGAUUCCCUACCUUGAUGAACUUGCUGACAUAAGCCUUGCAAAUCCAGGUUAACGUAGUGCACAGCACUUGAUCUGAUUUCACUGUUGACUGUCUUCUAAUCUCUUGUGCCAAAUGUAUUAAACCAGUUGUCCCAAUGAUAAAUUUAAGGGACAAUAUUCUGCUCAUGAUGUGAAUGGUGCUUAUAUUUGAAGAAUAUGAAUCAUAAAGUGGUAAGUGCUUUUUAUUUUUUAAAUGCAGUUCCAAGCAUGUUCUGUAACCAAGGGUUUUCAGGAUGUAAAAUGAGGAUAAAUGUGGAAUAAAUGACCUGAUCAAC